UCCCAGGCAAGCCCACUAUGAUGAUCAGCACCACCAUCGGUAACACAGCCCUCAUCCAGUGGCAACCUCCGAAGGAGAUGGUGGGAGAGCACAUGGGCUACCAGCUGCAGUACAAACGCAUGGCGGAGGAGUCGUUCACCGUAAAAGACUUCAAGAAGACAGAAGACCACUUCACCGUCACCGGCCUGCACAAGGGCGCCACCUACGUCUUCAAGCUCUGCGCCAAAAACCGGGUGGGCAACGGGGAGGAGUAUGCGAAGGAGAUCACCACGCCGGACGAUAUGCCCAGUAGCUACCCCCAGAACUUGAGCGUUGUGGGCCUGACCACCACCACCACCAAGCUGGCCUGGGAGCCUCCGGCGCUGGCUGAGAGGAACGGGAAGAUUGUCCAGUAUGUUGUGGUGUACAGAGAUAUCAACAGCCAGCAGAACCACACCAACAGGUAUUAUUCAAUACCAAUAUUAAUAAUAUUUUUAAACACCUUCUGAGACAUUUAUAAAACACUUAAAGUGAGGACUUUCUGUGUUUUUUAUCUCAUCUUGUAUAGUCCACUGUCCUCAAACAGACAUAUCUUAUCUUCUCUUAUCUUAUCUGCCUCAACAGCACGACAGAGACCCAGAUGACCAUCAUGGGGCUGCAGCCUGAUACCACCUAUGAUAUCAGGAUCAGGGCAUUCACCAGCAAGGGAGGAGGACCCAUCAGUCCUAGUAUACAGAGCAGGACCAUGUCUACCUCCAUGCCAGGUGAGUACAUGGUGAACAUACGCAAUGCAGGCGUACACACAAACGCGAGCGAGCGUGCGCACGCAAACACACGCACAGACGCGCACACACACACACACACACACACACACACACACACACACACACACACAAACACAUUGAGAGCAUGAUCGUGUCGACCUCCAUGCCUUAUGAGCUCUGCUGAUCUGUAUAAAUAGUCUCACACAGAUGCAGAGACACCAGACCCAUGUGCACACAGGCAUGCAAACAUACACACAAAGCCCCCACACACCUCCCCCCACACAUAGACAUACAUCCACAGUCUCUCUGGCACAGACAGAGCAGAUGGUAUGGGAGAGGAACAGAUGCAUAGCUGUGUGUGUGGAAGCUGGUGGCAACUGGACUAGAGUGGCAGAACCAGUCCAGCGUAACCAGUACAGCAGUACAUCAGCACCAUGGAACACUCCUUUCAUGUUCAUAUUAGUGCACAUAUGGCUCAUGUGGAAAUAUAUGCUAAUAUGCCUGCUACUAGCUAUUCAUAGUCAAAUCUAAUGCACAGAGACCUAGCAGACAGCUACCAGAGACUGGGGUUCAGAUCCCACCAUUUCAGACCCCACCAGUUACAGUACACAUGAAUGUAGAGGAAAGCUCAUGUGAGUAGUUCCCCUGAUGUUUUAUCAUGCAUAUAUUUAUGUUAUAGUGUAAAUGCAAUAACAUAUCUUAAUGUUACCAUUAAAAAGUAUGGGUCACUGAACAUUAGUGAACUAUUAUAAAUUACUUAUCUCUUCAGAGAGUUAUUUCAUAAUCUGUUUAUCUCUAUCUUAAAGCCUGUGUCCCUUACUAUUUUUGCUGUAGCACUGAUCUCCCAAGAUGCUCUAGGGUUCCCCUAGCUCUGUCAUGUUACAGCAAGUACAGAUGACAGUGCUCUUUUAUAAUUGACCCUCUGUGUGUGUCCUCUGCCUCCCCCACCUCACCUCUGUCUCGCCACUCUCUCCCCCACCUCACCUCUGUCUCGCCACUCUCUCCCCCAACUCACCCUCUGUCUCACCCAUCUCUCCCCCACCCCACCCUCUGUCUCACCCAUCUCUCCCCCACCUCACCCUCUGUCUCACCCCUCUCUCCCCCACCUCACCCUCUGUCUCUCCCCUCUCUCCCCCAACUCACCUUCUGUCACCCUCUGUCUCCCCCACCUCACCCUCUGUCUCCCCCACCUCACCCUCUUUCUCCCCCCCCAACUCCCCCAGAGUUCACCAAAAACUUUGGUGUGAAAGCCGUGAUGAAGACAUCGGUCCUGCUGACUUGGGAAGUGCCAGAAACAUACAAGUCUCAAGUGCCUUUC